AUGGCGGAACAGGGCAAAGAUGAUUGGAAUUCCGGUGACUACCAGCACUCGGCGUCGUUUGUGCCCAAGCUGGCGGGCAAGGUGACGCAGUGGCUCGAUUUGCAAAAAGAUGAUGUUGUCCUGGACAUUGGCUGCGGCGAUGGCAUCUUGAAUCUCGAAUUUGCCAAGGUCCUGUCCGAAGGCAAGGGCUCUAUCCACGGCAUCGACAGCUCCGCAGCCAUGAUUGUCGCCGCGCGGGACUUGUGCAAAGAGCAUCCCAACGCGACCUUUGAAGGCAUGGCAACCACACCCACUUGGACCAGCCCGAAGAACCAGAGAAGCUAUACUAACCACUCAUCCGCAGUCCUCGACGGGACCAAAAUCCACAGCAACGCAGCGCUGCAAAACGCGUCCUUUUCCAAGGUCUUUUCCAACGCCGCCAUGCACUGGAUCCUGCGCGCCCCCGCCACGCGCGCCUCCUUCUUCGCCGCCGUGCACGCCGCCCUCGCCCCCGGCGGCGUCUUCGUCUUUGAAAUGGGCGGCCUCGGCAACGUCCAAGAGAUGGCCGCGGCGCUGCUCGUCGCCUGCGCGCGGCGCUGUCCCGGCGGCCUCGCCGCCGUCACGGAGCGCCACUACCCGUGGUUCUUCCCCGACGAGGCGUGGGUGACGGCCGCGCUGGAGGCGGCGGGCUUCCGCGCCGACCGCGUCGAGAGGGAGUGGCGCCCGACGCGCGCGGACGAGGGCGGCGUCGAGGGCUGGCUGCGCCUGUUUGGGAAGGCCAUCUUGGAGAGCGUGCCCGAGGGCGCGGAGAGGGAGGCGGCGGUGCGGGAGGCGGCCGAGGCGCUGCGCUUCGUGUGUGAUGAUGGGCACGGAGGGCAGAUGAUUUCGUAUGUGCGACUGAGAGCGCUGGCGACCAAGGUGUGA